AUGAGGAAGGUAGAUGGGGUAGGAGUAGCCAACUUCAUUAGAGAGAACAUAAUCUGUAGGUUUGGCAUGCCCAAAGUAAUGUUGUCUAACAAUGGAACUUCUUUUGUAGAUCGCCAUGCUGGAAGACUGUUGGAUGCCUACCAGAUCAAGCACCACAAGUCUAGUCCAUACUACCCCCAAGGGAACGGACAAGUUGAGGUGACCAACAAAACCCUCAUUCGAAUACUGAGUCAAAUGAUGGAUGAAGCAGGGGGCACAUGGUCUGAACAACUCCCCGUAGCACUCUGGGCAUAUAGAAUGUCAAAGAGAAAACCAACUCAGGCAACCCCAUUUUCCCUAGUAAAUGGGUCCAAAGCUGUGUUACCAGUUGAGUUGGCAGUACCCUUAGCAAGAAUGGCUAUGUCAGCACACUUAGUUCCAGAGAACAGGAAGAAUGACAUAGAGGCAACUGAAGAAAGAAGAGAUCGAGCCUCGCGGGCAAUGAAAAAGUAUCAUCAAUCUAUAGCCCAUGCCUACAAUCAAUCUGUUCAACACAAAAAGUUCAAAGAGGGGGACUUGGUAUGGAAGAUAGUGGACGCAAUCAUGCGGGGGCAACCAAUCCCCAUGUUCUCACCCAGAUGGGAAAGCCCCUACAAAGUUGCUGAGGCAAGUAGCAGCGGGUACUACAAGUUGACAAGAGUAGAUGAUGGGUUCAGAACUGGACUUAUCAACGCCAAGUAUAUCAAAGAAUAUUUUUCUUAA